AUGCCAAACAACAAGCCCGCUAGUGGUAAGCCACAUCGCGACAAAUCUCAUGGUAAAUCACAUGGAAAACACCACGGUAAAUCCCACGAGAAGCUUCACAGUAAAUCUCGCAAAAAAUCGCAUGGAAAGAUGCGCGAGAAAAGCCACGACAAAGACAAGUCAAAAGGCCGCGAACACCGGGGUAAGCUAACCAAGGAGGAGAAAAAGUUCUCCAUGGACUCGCAGUUUGGCUCGAAAAUCUUUCACAAGCCCGAAGGAUUCUUCAAAAUGGUCGAGGAUGGUAACUCAAAAGGCAGCAGCAGCUCUGCCGCCAGCAAACCAGGCACCAGCUCUGACAGUGGCAGCAAACCAGGCAGCAAGACUAGCUCCAGUCCGGACAGCAGCAAGCCGUCCAGCAGCGAGAACCCUUCCAAGUCGAAGAGCAAGACCAAGAGCAGCCUCCUGCCGGCGCCGAAAAGUCGAAACAGCAAGUCGUCGACUCCCUCCUCAAAGGAGAAGUCUAAGGAAUCGAUGGGCGGUAAACCGAAGCUGGGCGCCGGCGGCCCACCAAGCAGCAGCACCAGCGGCAGUGCCAAAGACAAGAGCAGCGCCGCCGCCUCCUCCUCAAACGCCUUUGAGGGUGAUCCGCACUCGAUGGAGAGCCAGGCGACCAAUCGCUCCAAGAUUCAGCCCAACGAGCGUGGCCGCUUCAUGGGCAUGGCCGACAAGAGCAAGAUCAAGGAGGCUUGCAGCGGCGCCUCCUCAAAAAGCUCGCAGAAGCCGUCAAAAAGCGAGAGCAAGACCGGCAAAAAGAAGAAAAAGUCCGGCGAUGAGAAGCUGGGUGGCCCAAAGAAGUCCGCCUCGGAAACGAAGCACGGCAGCAAAGGUGGCAGCAGCAGCGGCUCUGACUCCAAUGGCAGCGAUAGCGGCGCGGUCAAAUCGACCGUCAAGAAUGUGAAGAGCAAAGAUCACGGCAGCAAGGCCUCUCGCGAGGACUCAAAGGCGAGCCACUCGAAGGGCUCAAAGGCCUCAUCGGAAGGCGGGGAGAAGAGCAAGGGCGGCGGCUCCUCAGCUGGCGGUAGCUCGUCGCAGGCGGCGGACGAAGCGGGCAAGGGCGGUACGUCCAGCAAGAGCAGCUCCGCCGCUGGUGGAUCAAAGGCCGAGUCAUCCAGUGCUGCCGGCGGCGGCAGCAAGUCAAGCGCCGCCGCCGGAGGUGGUGGUGGCAGCAAGGGCGAGGAGACCUCGAAGGAAGGCGCCAGUUCGGCGGCUGGCGGAAGUUCCUCAAAGCAAGGCAGCUCUGCCGCUGGUGAAGGUGGCUCCAAGGCUAGUUCCACUGAAGGAGGUGGUGGAUCCAAGGCAGAAGGCGCUGGGUCCAGUGCCGCCGGUGAAGGCGGCAAGAGCAGUGCCGCCAGCGGAGAAGGUGGAGGCGGUGGUGGAAGCAGUGCAGCCUCUCAGCCGGGCAGCAGUGGAGCUGCUGCUUCGGAAUCGGCCGGCAACGGCUCCAAGGCUGAAGGUGGUGGCGCUUCCAGUUCAGGAGCGGGUGAAGGCUCAAAGGAGGCUGGCAGUGAGGCUGCUGCUGGUGGAAGUGCUGCCGAAGGAGGCGGCAGCGGUUCAAGUGGCACUGGCUCGAAGCAGUCCGAGGAUGGCAAGUCUACUGGUUAG